AUGGAAAUGUUCCGAUUCAUCAACUCUUCUCUGUUCAUCAGUCAUCGCCCCCAGAACGUCUCGCUGGCUGAGAAGACCGUGUACGCCAACUGUGCAGACAUGCCGGCGGUCCUGAUUUUCUACCUGGUGCUGCAGUUUAUCAACAUGUUUCUGGGUAUUCCGGCCAACAUCAUGGUUCUGUGGCUCAUUCGGAAGAAUAAAGGCGACUCGUCUACAUCGGACAUCUUCAUCGUUCAUCUGGCCGUGCUGGACACUUUCUUCUGUCUCAUUCCUCCUCUUGAGUUCGCAAACAUCGUCUAUUUGACCACCAGCAGCACCUGGUACGUCUUGCGCUUCUUCUACGGUGUCAAAGACUCUUCGCCUCUUUUCUUGGCCUGUAUCUGUCUGGACAGAUAUAUGGCCGUCCUGCAUCCCAUCACGUUCACCGAACUAAAGGACAAACGGCAUCGCUCUAUUGGCGCAGGUGUCGUGUGGCUCAUCACUUUGGUCUACGCUGCAGCCAAGUGUGUAGGAAACAUUCCAAACUUUGAGAAAGCUUUCACCGUUAUGAUCCUCGCCGCUUUCGUCUUCAUGGUGUUCUGUAACAUUUCCAUCCUGUGGGCACUGAGACAGUCGGCUCCAGGACGGGACGAGAGACACCCUGUCAAGAAAAAGGCGUUCAAGAUGGUGAUCAUCAUUCUGACAAUUAUUGUCUUUAACUACUUCCCACCAGUGGCUCUCUUCCCGUUCCAGGACUAUUUCUCUCCGGAGGUCUUUCGCUGCUACAUUCACUAUAUUGCCUUUGGUUUCAUGGACGUCAGCAGCAGCAUUCAGCCAGUUUUGUAUCUGUCGCGGGAGAAACUUCCUCCAGCUCCGGCAUGCUGUUACUCCUGCAGAGAGAAUAAAACUGAAGAUGAUCCGCCACAUGUCUGA